AUGGGAUCCGAGUAUAGGAUUGUUCGACCUGGAAUGCUCAAACAGCAGAAACAAGCAUCGAAACGGGAAGCUAUCGAAAUCAAAAUAAACAAUGGCGAGGCCACCGAGGAUGAUGAGGGUCGUUUGGUUUACGUGUGUGACGUACUUAUACAUCUCUGGCCACGCUCUAUACAAGCGGUGGUUGACAUUUUACAUGCCAAUUUUCAAAAUCCAUGA